UCUGUGUCCUGUUUGAGCUAGGAAAUGGGACGUAAAAAGAUUGAAAUAAAAUUUAUCAAAGAUGAAAAGAAUCGACUGGUCACAUUUGCAAAACGUAAAAGUGGUUUAUUCAAAAAAGCUUAUGAAUUGAGCGUUUUGUGUGAAUGUGAAAUUGCUUUACUGGUAUUCACACGCAGUAAUCGACUUUACCAAUAUGCUAGUGUUACAGUGGAUCAUGCCUUGCAACGAUUGAAAAAACACCAUCGUUCAAAUGAAUUUCUAAGUAAUUCUGAUAUGGAAAGGUUGACGAAUCGCCGUAUAAGAGCAAAUUGUAAUGGCGCAACUGGUGUUAUCCCUUCACAGCCUUAUUCAAAUAUAAAAAGUGAAGAUAAUGAAGAUGGUGGAGGUGGUGAUGGAGACGAUGAAGACGAUGACGAUGAUGAUGAUGAUGAUGACGGCGACGAGCGAAAUUCUCUUAGGAAUAUAAAAAAGCUAAACAAUAACAAUGGUUGUAACAAAAUUUGUCAACCAACUCACGAUGAUAAAUCAAAGUUUGAUCCAAUGGAUAUGCAAUCAAAUGUGAGAUUUAUUACUGAACCACAGUCUACAUUUAGUAUUCAUUCACAAAAUUCCAUAAAUACCGUAACAGAAACUCAUAUGAGACCAGUAAGCUCAAUGAGUUUACCACCUAGUUCACUUAUUGCAUCAAUGAACACAGCGGAGAAUGAAUAUAUGCCACAGCUUCAACCUGUUCUUGUUUCUCAUAAUAUUGCAUCAACCACACAACCAAACUUCUCUAAUUCUCAAUUAAUUCAUUAUCCUAGAUCGUCAUCACAUCAACAAAGUUUGUGUUCCUUGUCAGUUGGUGCUUCAUUUACCUGUAAUAAUAGUGUUGUAAACUCUAAGGCAUUAUUUGCUAAUUUACCGGGAUCAAAUAAUCACCUGAAUAAUAUUCUAUCAUCAAAACAACCUUCCAUGCCUUAUAUUAUUCAACAUUCAUCGAAUAAUCAAACAACAACAUUACCAAUUAAUUGUGCAAAUUUAAAUGAUACACGUCUGGUUGAUAAUACUCAUAAUAAUAGUAGUAAUAGUAAUAAUACUAAUACUUAUAUGAAUGCAUCAUCAAAUCAUUCGUUCCCACAUACAACUACUAUUAUGAAUUCAAGUACAUCAGAAAGCUUUUCUCCUAUUCAUAACAAUAAUAAUCAUAAUAAUAAUACCACUACAUUAGGUCAAAUGCAAUGUACAUUAUCAACACCAACACCAUAUACACAAGAUUUAAAAAUUGAUCAACCUAUAUUUAUUUUAUCAUCUGUUGUAUCCAAUAAUAAUAAUAAUCAUGAUAAUAAUAAUAAUCAUUCUAAUCAAAAUAUAUUAAAUACAAAUUUGAACACUUCAAUGAAUAUAGAACCUAGUGUAUCUGUCAAACUUGGACUGCAAGAUUUACCACAUUUAGGUAAUAAACAUAACUACUCGGAUUCAUGUGAUGAACAUGAACCAAUGGAUGAUUAUAGUAGUGGUAUUUAUCAAAAUCUUAUCAAUCCAUUCACUUCAAAUUCAAUGAAUAAUAAUCUUGAUAAACCUAUCAACACUGUGACAACUAAUACUCCACUGACUACACCUAUACCUCCGAAUAAACAUGAUAUUCUUUCACAUCAAUGUAUCAAUCGAUCCAAUCAACAAUCUAUGCCAUCGGAAUCAACGUUAAUGAUUCAGAAAAUUGAUGCACCAACUCAAACAAUCUUACCUGAUAUAAUUGAUUUAGAUUGUUUGUCAUCAACACUGUUGAAUAAAACAUCCGCAACAUCUACAACCACAACAACAGGGACAACAUCAGAAAUAAGUAGUACUAUUAGUAGUAGUAGUAGUAGUCAUGAUAAUAAUGGUAAUAAUAAUAAUAAUAACAAUACAAAUAAUGAAUUAAAUAUGAAUGAAAAUAAUAAUUCACAAUCACAAGAACAAUUAUUAUCACAAAAAUCAGAGAAUCAACCACGUCAUAAACGAAUACCAGGAUUGAAACAUUUGAAAUUACCAUCAACGUGUAGUUCAACACUUUUACGACAAACAAGUAUACCGAAUGGUUAUUUUUUAUCAACACCUGAAGUGAUCAAUGAACUUGGUCGUUUAGAUGGCCAUCGAAAUAAUAAUAAUAAUAACGAAUCAUCAACAGAUUCUCCAGAUGCUCAUCAUCCACUAUGGCAUACUUUCUCUCCUGCUAAUAUAUUCUAUCGAUUAGGAUUGCAUCAAGUUUUAUCAUUAUCACCAGCUCCUCCAACAUCUCGUGAACCUCCUAUAUUUCCUAUUAGUCAUAGUCCUCCGACGCCUACUUCUCUACCAUCGUCGUCAGCGUCAUUAUUAUUAUCGAAUACAAAUGUUGAAAAUCAAAACUCACUAACAACCACUAAUCAAUCUGGAUUAGUUAAUCAAUCAUCAUGUAUAAAUAUGGAUAUGGUAUCAGCUUAUUGUUGUGAAUCUGAAUCUCAAAGCUCACCUAAUGUGCUUCCAAAAUAUGCUAAACGAUCCAAGUAUUCAUGAAAUGAUGAAUGAUACGUACACAUAUACACAUAGACACGCAUAUAUAUACGCAUAUAUACAUACACAUAUACAUAUAUACAUAUAUAUAUAUAUUUCUAUUCAAGAUGAUAACAUUCUCAUUUUUUUAUUUUGAUCUAUUUUUGUUUUCUCCUUUUAUUUUGUUGUUUUUUUUUGUUGUGUGUGUAUGUGUGUGUGUUUUUCCUUUCUUUUAUUUUUUACCGAAUGCAUCAAAUUUACUUUUACAUUAUUGAAAAAUGGCAAAAAGAGAGAUGUUUUACUGUUUCCACCCCACCCCACCCCCACACACACACACACAUUUACGUAUGUAUGCGCCAAUACACUAUCUCAUCUAUUAAUAUUAUUAUUAUUAUUAUUAUCAUGAACACAUGUAAUAACAAGAAUACACAUACAUUUUUUUCCAUGGAUGUUCUUUACUUUAUUUGCGCCAAACUUCUCCUCCUUCGUUUAUUUUAUUGGUUUAUUUUUUUUUAUUCAGUCAUCGUUUAUUCCUUCUUGUUGUUGAUGUUAUUUCUUGUUAUUUUUCAAAUUGAAUUCUUUUUUUUGUGUGUGCAAACAGGAACACUGUCAUCAGCAAAAUGAAAUAAUGAUUAGUUUGAAAGAGGAAAUUCUGCAGAUUGUAUACAAUAGGAGCAUUUUUUUUACUGCCCACCAUCAUCUCCUCCUUCCGUUAUGGUCAAUCAUGUUCUCGUGUUGUAGAGCAGUAGCAAUAGUAGUAGUAGCAGCAAUAAAUUUUGAUUUUAUGAAAACGAGAAGGAUCCAUUGACACUUUCCCAAAUAACAGUGAAUUGUUUGUACAAAAUUUUCAAUAACAUCAACAAUGACAACAAAUACGCUCAUUUCAUUAAAAAAUAAAUAAAAGGGGGGAACAAAUUUAACUAAGAAUGCGCUGAUAUUUUGUAAUGGAAGAUGCUGAUUUGAAUGAUGCCAAUGACAAGAAUGUUUCUUUUUUUCUAAUCAGUUGAACCAGUGAAUUUGUUCCUUAUUUUUCCUGUUUACCUAACAUUUUUUUUUCAAUUCAUUGUGAUGCCUUUUUUUUUUCGUUGUUGAUAAAAGAAAAAAAAAACAGAAAAAUCAAAGUUUAUACGCUCCGGUUAAUUAAUCAUUUUUGUAUUAUUAUUUUUUUCUUUCUGUUCUUGUUCUUGUCAAUAGUUUAUGACAAUUAAGAAGAGAGAGAGAGCGUGUGCAGUCAACACUUGCUAAAUGAAAUGAGAAUAUUUUGAUAGUGAGCAUUGGAUUGUUUCGAUUGAGUUUUCUCCUCACAUGAGACAAUGUGUUUUGUACACUUUCAUGCCCUUGUUUUGUUUUGUUUUGUUUUAGUUUUUCUACCUUUUCUGUGAAUAAAAAUAAAUAAUAAUAAUAAAACGGCUAAUCAGAAAGCGCAUGUUCAGUGGUGUGUAAUUAAGUAGUUUUUCCUUUUUUUUUAUACAACACUAAUUCAUUUGUUGAAGUUUUUGGUUUUUUUUUAGGCCUACACUUUUUACGCAUGUAUUAUUAUUAUUAUUACUAUUAUUAU